AUGAUAAAAUCAACUCUAAUUCGUAUGAUGAAUCAUAAAAAUGAUGAAAUCGAGAGUUUGAUAGAUUAGAUUCUAAAAAUUGGUAUUAUUUCUAUAGCUAUCUCAAUAGGACUUUAAAAAGUGUUCCAAGAAUUAUCUAAACCAUUCGAUUGUUUUCUUCAACCUGAAUAAAUUAUUAAACUUUUAAGUGUCUUUCAUAAAAUGAUUCAGCAAUGUUCUCUUCCUAAAGAAUUAUUUGCUGAUAGCAAUAUUUGCAUCAUAACUAAUACACUAAACUCUAGUUUUGUUUUAGAAAGAUUGCCUACUGAAUUAAACUUGACUAUUUCUAAAAGUGUCAUUGUUGCCCCUAGUUGGGACAAUACUCCUAAAUAAACUUUAGAGUAAAAUUACUUUAAGAAUGAGUCUGAAUAUAGGAAAAGUGUGACUGAUAAAAAAAUCUAAUUCUAAGAAUUAAGAGAACCUUUGACAUAUCAUUAGAUUUUACAAGUCUAUUAUAUAUACUUGAAAAAAGUCUGUAUGCAAUAACUUUGUGAAAUUCCAAUUAUAGAUUGUUUCGUUAUCUUAAAUAUCUAAUGUUUGGGAUUAAGAAUUAUUGAAGGACAAAGAAAUUAAAAGCUUCGGUUUUGUUUUGAUUUACUUAUCAAGGAUCUUGUUUCCUAUCAAAAUUAAACUAUUGAUUUAUUGUCUAAAUUAAUGACAACUCAUGACUUCAAUCAGAUCUAAGAAAUUUAUUCAUAAAUGUAUUUGGCUAGCAAACAAUUAAAAUAUUAUUGUAACUUAAAUAGAUUUUGUUUGGACUAAUCUAAGUUCAAACAGUUUAAGAAAAAUCAUAAUUUUUGUAGAUAAAAAUUCAAAAUCUGUGAAUCCAAAGAAAGAAUGGAAUAAGACGAUUUAAAAGAUAAUCACAAUUUUUAUUAGUAUGAAAGAACACAAUUAUAUAACCAAUUUUGA